UUGCCCCAGCCUCUCAUUUUCCCUCAGGAUGAGUCGUGAAGACAAGGAGGAUUAUGUUUUGCUUAGAGGCUAAUACUUAGAGGCAGUGAUCUUUGAGUUUAUGACUGGAGAGAGUGGAUUUAAAAUCAUACAGUAAGAUGUUCCAAAUGAGACAAUACCUUACUGUCCUUCUUCUGGUUGGAGCUGUGAAGUCACAGGUCAACCCUGCUGUAUGUAGAUACCCACUGGGGAUGACUGGAGGCCAGAUUCAGGAUGAAGAUAUUUCUGCUUCCAGCCAAUGGUCAGAGUCCACCGCGGCUCGAUAUGGCAGAUUGGAUUUUGAUGAUGGAGAUGGGGCGUGGUGUCCGGACGCCAUGGCUGAACCAGACAGUCUAAAGGAAUUUCUGCAGAUUGACCUUCGCACUCUCCAUUUUGUCACUCUUGUUGGCACGCAGGGACGGCACGCAGAUGGAGUGGGCAAUGAGUUUGCCCAGCUAUAUAAGAUUAAAUACAGCCGGGACGGUACCCGCUGGGUCUCCUGGCGUGACCGGCAAGGUCGACAGAUCAUCGAAGGGAACAAUAACGCCUAUGACGUCGUGCUUAAGGACCUGGAGCCUCCUAUUAUUGCUCGUUUUGUGCGUUUUAUGCCUGUGACUGACCCCUCUAUGAUUGUUUGUAUGAGGGUGGAGCUCUACGGCUGUGAAUGGCUCGAUGGUCUGGUGUCCUACAGUGCCCCUUCUGGCCAACAGAUGAACUCCAGAGGCCAAAAAAUCUACUUAAAUGACACAGUGUAUGAUGGAGCCAUUAGUUACAGCAUGACAGAAGGCCUUGGACAGCUCACUGAUGGAAGCUGGGGUUUAGAUGACUUCACUAAAAGUCAGGUGUAUGGUGUCUGGCCUGGCUAUGACUAUGUGGGCUGGACCAAUACUAGUUUCCCUGGUGGCUCAGUGGAGAUGACAUUUGAGUUUGACCGGAUCAGAAAUUUCACAUCAAUGAAGGUCCACACAAAUAACAUGUACACAUUGGGAGUAAGAAUCUUCAGACAGGCCAUGUGUUACUUUCGUUCGGAUUCAGACUGGGAGCCCAAUCCUGUUUUGUUCAAGCCGAAAGCAGACAACAUCAGUCCAAGUGCUCGGUUUGUCACAGUUGCCCUUGGCAACCGCAGGGCCAGCGCAAUUAGGUGCCAUUUUGUAUUCAAUGACAUCUGGAUGAUGUUCAGUGAAAUUGCUUUCCAGUCAGAUACAGCGGUGUACAACACCUCUCUUGUUCCUCGUAAACGGAACCAAACCCCAGGUAUUUAUCCAGGGGAUGAUCCCACCCACAAAACUGAUGACAGCAACACACGGAUCCUAAUAGGCUGUUUGGUGGCCAUUAUCGUCAUUCUGUUGGCCAUCAUAAUAAUCAUACUGUGGCGGCAGGUCUGGCAGAAGAUGAUUGAGAAGGCCUCUCGGCGUAUGCUGGAUGAUGAACUGACUGUGCGUCUUUCUGUUCAGAGAGAGGCAUUCACCCACCGUCACUCCUCUCUUUCCAGUGAUGUUGAAUCCAAUUCCACAUAUGAAAGGAUUUUCCCCAUGGGAUCUGACUAUCAGGAGCCAUCCCAGCUUUUACGGAAACUACCAGAAUUCCAGGCUACAGAAAACCUUGCAAUGAUCGAUGCCCCUUCCAAACCCUCUACGGCCCACCCUAAAGAUGAGGCCCCGCACUAUGCAGAGGCAGACAUUGUGAGCCAGCAGGAAGCCGCCGGUGCCCACAGUUACCGUGUCACUGUGGUCAACAUGCCCUUAUCUCCAGGAAGGGAUGGAGCUCUGGAGGAGUUUCCAAGGGAGAGACUAAUUUUUAAAGAGAAACUUGGAGAGGGACAAUUUGGAGAGGUUCAUCUGUGUGAAGCUGAGGGAAUGCAGGAAUUCAUGAAGGACCAUUGUGAUGACAUCAGUGAUGAGCCAAUGCUCGUAGCAGUCAAGACUCUAAGAGAGGACGCAAACAAAAAUGCAAGGAACGACUUCUUGAAAGAGAUCAGGAUCAUCUCACGAUUAAGAGACCCAAACAUCAUUCGCCUGUUGGCAGUGUGCGUUGAGAGUGAUCCACUUUGCAUGAUCACGGAGUACAUGGAGAACGGAGACCUCAAUCAGUUCCUGUCCCGUCAUGAGCUGCAGGAUGAAGGAGUUGAGGCUGGUGACUCAUCUACCAUCAGCUACAGAAUACUGAUCAACAUGGCCACUCAGAUUUCCUCUGGAAUGAAGUAUCUGUCAUCCCUGAAUUUUGUUCACCGUGAUCUUGCUACACGCAACUGUUUAGUGGGCACAAGUAACAUCAUCAAGAUUGCUGACUUUGGCAUGAGCCGAAAUCUGUAUCGUGGAGAUUACUACCGUAUACAGGGACGAGCUGUGCUCCCCAUCCGCUGGAUGUCCUGGGAGAGCAUCCUACUGGGUAAGUUCACCAUGGCCAGUGAUGUGUGGGCAUUCGGGGUGACCCUGUGGGAGAUUCUAACCCUGUGCAAAGAGCAGCCGUAUGCCCAAUUUACAGAUGAACAGGUGAUCGAAAACAAGGGAGAGUUUUUUAGAGACCAAAACAAACAGGUCUAUUUGCCAAAGCCGUUCUGCUGUCCUGAUUCAGUGUACAGCCUCAUGCUCAACUGCUGGAAGAGAAAUGCCAAAGAAAGGCCCACGUUCCUGGAGAUCCACAGAACACUGAUGGAACAACAUGACUAAUUCUAUGCUGAUGUACAGAGCAAAUUUUCCCCCACACAUUCAGCCCUCCUAAGUUUUUUUUUUUUUUUUUUUUUAGCUCUUAAGAAAUUAUUCCAAGAGAUGUGAGAGAAGUCCAGCUAAAUGUAAUAGCAAUAUCUUUCUUCAGUAUAUAUUUAUAAGAAAAUCAUACAUGGACCUAUAUACAUAUUAAAUCUUAGGCUAUAUGUUCUGAAAAUUAAAUGGGAAUAAUAUUUUGUAAUUAUUUUAAAAUGCUAUUUUGUGCUUAUUUUUUUUCAGUGCUCUCUUUUCUUUUCAUAUGGUAAUGCAGUUUCUGUUUAUUUUGCUGUUGUUGUCAAUGUUUAUUAAAUAUACAUUUGCCGACUUAUUGGGUAGGAAUGAUUCUUCAUAUGGGAAAAAGAAUAAUUUUAUUUCCUUAUGAAAUAUUUGUGUUUUCUUUUUGUGCUCAGUGUGGGGGUGGAUUAGGUCAAGGAAAUUACUGAUCAUCAGCUUUUAUUAGAUCUGAUCCUUUUACCAAUAUUUAAUUGUUUUUGCAACAUAAAAAUGAAUUAAUUAAUGAAUGACUGAAUGAAGAUCAAUUUAACGGGAAAAAAGAGAUCUUUUAGAGUAAUAGGUGAGUGGACAGCACAGCAAUAUAACAAGUAUUGCUUUGUAGAUUGAGCCUUGGACUCGGUUGAGAAACAUGUCGCUCAGUAUAGAUACUGUAACGGACUAUCAAUGAUAAACAAGCUGGUUCACGUGACACGAAUUCAGAUGCACUUUUAUUCGAGGAGAAACGUUUUACCUUUUGACCUUUUGUUAAGAAUAACCUGCCCUUGAUUUCGCAUUUCUAUAAUUCACAGUAAUUAUUUUAAGAGUCAUGAGCGGUCAUACCGCAAACUGGAAAACAUCCUCUGUGGUGACGUGCCGUGACGUCAUUCUCCGACAAUGAUGGCGGCCGCUGGAGCUUCAGUCUCAGAUAUCAGGCAGAGAAGACCUCUGUCUGGAGCUCCUGAAGCCCAUUAAACCACUGCUACCAGCGUCCCGCAGUACUUGAAAAAACACCUGAAGGGAUAAUGAGGAACACUGGGAUCGGCUGUUUGAAAAUAU